GAUCCCGCCAUAGUUUUUCCCACCCUUCCACUAUAGACCCAUCGCCAAAUCCACCCAGUACAACCCACCUCCUCCACAGUGCGAUAGAGGCAUUAGGCUGCUGCUUUAUUCGUCUGCCGGGGCCGGCUGCAAGUCAAGGGAUUUCAUUUCUUCUUCUGCUCCACUUAUUCACCUGGAUUUACAACUAAAUUCAACGUUAUCGUCUGUUUUUACACUUCUGAAAUCUCUUUUUUUAAUUUUAGUUUGCUGCCGUAAAUUUGUAUUAUUUUUUAGGUCUUUUUUUAUUUUUAUUUUUUAGAAAUUCUUGCUUCGACCGUGAUUUCCACUUUCAUUUAGUGUGGCAAGAGUGACAAUAGCCUAUCUUGUUGCGCUAAUUCAGGAGAUAAACUUUUUGCUGGCUUCAGUUUUUGUUAUUACGGACUUUGAUUUUUUUUUUUCGUUUUUGGACUUGGAAAAACAAUCUCCACCAUGCACAAGCUAUACAUUGGGAAUCUAGGCGACAGCGUGACUGCCGAGGACUUAGGAAAAACCUUUGACGACCACAAGAUCCCAUACUCCGGACAGUUUCUAAUGAAAACCGGCUAUGCGUUUGUGGAUUGUCCUGACGACCAGUGGGCCAUGAAGGCUAUCGAGACGUUUUCUGGUAAAGUGGAGCUUCAAGGGAAACGUAUUGAGGUCGAGCACUCCGUCCCCAAGAAGCAAAGGACCAGGAAACUGCAGAUCAGAAACAUUCCACCUCACCUGCAGUGGGAGGUGCUGGAUGGGCUGCUGGCCCAGUGUGGAACCGUAGAGAACUGUGAGCAAGUGAAUACAGACAGUGAGACUGCAGUGGUUAAUGUCACAUAUGCAUCCCGGGAGCAUGCCAGGCAAGCCAUCCAGAAGCUGAAUGGAUACCAGUUUGAGAACAAUGCCCUGCGCGUCUCCUACAUCCCAGACGAGAACACCGAGCUGGAGGGAGGCCAGCGAGGCCCCGAUAACGGCCGGCGCCCUGGUUACGGGCCCAGAGGCGGUCCCCGCGGUGGGUCCCCGAGCUCUGGGAUGCACUCCAAACCUCCGCACGCCGACAUCCCUCUGAGACUGCUGGUACCAACGCAGUACGUCGGGGCCAUCAUUGGCAAGGAGGGAGCCACCAUUCGCAACAUCACCAAGCAGACGCAGAGCAAGAUUGACGUGCAUCGCAAGGAGAAUGCAGGUGCUGCUGAGAAGCCGAUCAGCAUCCACUCCACCCCUGAGGGCUGCUCAUCCGCCUGCCGCAUGAUCCUGGACAUUAUGCACCAGGAGGCUAAAGACACAAAGACUGCUGAUGAGGUUCCUCUAAAGAUUCUGGCUCACAACAACUUUGUUGGACGCCUGAUUGGGAAGGAGGGACGCAACCUGAAAAAAGUUGAACAGGACACAGACACCAAGAUCACCAUCUCCCCUCUUCAGGACCUGACACUGUACAAUCCAGAGAGAACCAUCACAAUCAAAGGCGCUAUUGAAGCCUGCUGUCUGGCCGAGGUGGAGGUCAUGAAGAAGGUCAGAGAGGCCUAUGAGAACGACAUUGCUGCUAUGAACCAACAGACCCACUUGAUCCCCGGGCUCAACCUGGGUGCGCUGGGCCUCUUCCCCUCCUCCUCCAACAUGCCCCCCCCCCCGCCCGGAAACGCAGCCGCUGGUGCCCCCUAUGGUUGCUUUGGGGCUCCAGAGCAGGAGACUGUCCAUGUUUACAUCCCAGCACAGGCAGUGGGAGCCAUCAUUGGAAAGAAAGGACAGCACAUCAAACAGCUGAGCCGCUUCGCUGGGGCCUCCAUCAAGAUCGCCCCAGCUGAAACUCCAGACUCUAAAAUGAGGAUGGUGAUUGUGACAGGUCCCCCUGAGGCUCAGUUUAAGGCUCAGGGCAGAAUCUAUGGCAAACUGAAGGAGGAGAAUUUCUUUGGGCCAAAGGAGGAGGUCAAACUGGAGACUCACAUCAAGAUGGCCGCUGCAGCUGCAGGAAGAGUCAUUGGCAAAGGAGGCAAGACGGUGAAUGAGCUGCAGAACCUUACAGCAGCUGAGGUGGUGGUCCCCAGGGAACAGACACCUGAUGAAAAUGACCAGGUCAUUGUCAAGAUCAAUGGACAUUUCUACGCCAGCCAGUUGGCUCAGAGGAAGAUCCGGGACAUUCUGACCCAGGUCAAACAGCCACAGAAAGGCGGCAUGGGCUCCGGCCCUAACCCCCAGGGCUUCACAGAGAUGGGCAGCCCUACCCAGGGACUGACUCAGGAACACCAGCCGCGCAGGAAGUGAGGGUCCCCGCACCCUCCUCA